GUCGCUUCGGCUACAGCCAAUCAACUCUUGGAGUAGACUCCUAUUUUAAAAGGCGAAUCUUUGAAUUGUAACGGCUGAGCUACCGGGAUCACUUGGAGGCUUCGGUCCGAAGCAGGUUUCUGCCUGUGAGUAGGAAGGGGACGUGACUGGUGACAUGGACAGAUGUAAAGAAAACUGUGUCUCCAGGCCUGUUAAGACCACAGUUCCCUUCGGUCCGAAACGCGUCUUGGUGACUGAGCAGACUCCUUCCCAGACCCUAGGAUCUGCUUGCAGUGGCCAGGCCCAGCGGGUCCUGUGUCCUUCCAACUCCCAGCGUGUCCCUUCACAAGCCCAGAAACUUGUAGCAGGUCAGAAGCCGGUGGUAAAGCAGUUGCCCGCUGCCAGUGUUCCUCGACCAGUGUCCCGGCUCAGAAACCCCCAGAGUGAGCAGCCUGCAGCCUCCGGAAAUAAUUCUGAAAAGGAGCAGGCAUCCACGCAGAAGACUGAAGACACAAAAAAAAGGCAGUGGACUUUGGAAGACUUUGACAUCGGCCGCCCGCUAGGAAAAGGGAAGUUUGGAAAUGUCUACCUGGCGAGGGAGAAGCAGAGCAAGUUCAUCCUGGCCCUGAAGGUGCUGUUCAAAGUACAGCUGGAGAAGGCCGGUGUGGAGCACCAGCUUCGAAGAGAAGUGGAGAUCCAGUCGCACCUGCGGCACCCCAACAUCCUCAGGCUGUAUGGGUAUUUCCAUGACGCCACCCGAGUUUAUCUGAUUCUAGAAUAUGCGCCCCUCGGAACAGUCUAUAGAGAGCUUCAAAAGCUCUCUAAGUUUGACGAGCAGAGAACGGCUACUUACAUCACUGAGUUGGCAAACGCUCUGUCUUACUGUCAUUCAAAGAGAGUAAUCCACAGAGACAUUAAGCCAGAGAACUUGCUGCUUGGCUCAAAUGGAGAGUUGAAGAUCGCAGACUUCGGAUGGUCCGUACACGCUCCAUCUUCCAGGAGAACCACGCUGUGCGGCACCCUGGACUACCUGCCCCCGGAGAUGAUUGAAGGCCGGAUGCAUGAUGAGAAGGUGGAUCUCUGGAGCCUGGGCGUUCUCUGCUAUGAGUUCCUAGUGGGGAUGCCUCCUUUUGAAGCAGACACUUACCAGGAGACGUACCGAAGGAUAUCCCGGGUUGAAUUCACAUUCCCUGACUUUGUGACGGAGGGAGCCAGGGACCUCAUCUCAAGACUGUUAAAACACAACUCAAGUCAAAGGCUAACGCUAGCGGAAGUCCUCGAGCACCCUUGGAUCAAAGCUAACUCCAAACCUCCGACUGGCCACACUAGCAAAGAACCAAUGAGCAAAUCAUCUUAGGGAACCCUAGCCCUGAGCACUGUGCAACUGUGAGAAACGCCCCGUCGAAGCUGCCCGUCUGGACUGUCAUGGCUGCCCUCAGUGUCUUGCUGAGCAACUAGUCCUUGGCCUGGUGUCCAGGAAACCCCACCUGUUGCCCAGCCCCCAAGAACCAUGCUGCUUUUCCUGACUUAGUAAUCUGGAGGGAAGGUUCCACUGCAGCUGCCCCCCACCCCGGCCUGUGCCCCAGGGUGUCCUUGUGGGGGUCUCACUGUGGGCAAGUUACCAGUGAUCACCUGUGUCGUAGCUUUCAAGUGCCAGAGUGUGUGUGUAACUUAUUGGGUCACCAGGCCUGGGGAAACUGUUGGAAUGGAUAUGUAACCUUUUAAGUGUCCAAAUAAAGACUUGUAUAGGCGUUGUUUUUAAGUGACACCCAUUCAGGGCCCUCUCGUUUUCAGCCUUCUGAAGCCCACAUGGGCUUCAGACCCUCAACCACUGUUACGGAGCCUGCGCUCCACCUCUGUCUUGAGGCCUGACUCAGGUGUUUCUUCAUGUUAAAUGCUACUUUUUAUGUUGGAGUUCUGUCACGUAUGCAAACUUGUUAAAUAUAUAACUAUAUGUAUAACAUCUA